AUGGUUUAUUGUGUAAUAUUCGAUUUAAUGGGUGCAAUGUUCUUGUGGACUUUUUGUUUUACUUUAAACAUAUUAGCUCAUGAUGUACAUUCUGAGACGUCAUCUAGUUCAGCUUCUUUAAAAAUCCAUUCCGAGCUAGCGGAAAGUCCUACAAUCCCCACAAUAACGCCACGUGAACUAGAAACCAAAACCGAUACAAAAACAAAAAAAAUAUCAUGUGGAUCUACUACAAUUACUUGUAAAAAAGACCCAUAUAGAUCUUUUGAUGGAACUUGCAAUAAUUUAGAAAAUCCUUCUUGGGGCGCAGCGAAGGAACCCUUUGCAGAAUUAGUAAAAAAUAGCUAUGCUGAUGGUGUGCAUCAAUUUCCUGAAACGUCAGAGAAUAAACAAUUACCGAAUCCCCGUGCUAUUAGUCUACUUCUUUUUCCAUACAAAAAUAUUAUUGAUUAUAAAUGGAACCUAAAUACAAUGCAAUGGGGUCAAAUAAUUGCUCACGACAUGUCUUUAAGCGGUAGAACUACACUCAUCACUGAUAAUCCUCCGACAUGCUGUGACAGCGAAGGUCAACUGACAUCGGCAUCGGAAAAAAAUCCUUUCUGCGCACCUAUAAUCAUUCCAGAGAAAGAUGUUGUCAACAAAGCACAUGGAAGGACAUGUAUGGACUUUAUAAGAACAGUUUCGACAAAGGAUAUUAACUGCACUUCAUCAAAAUCGCCCUCCUUCCCGAUAAAUGAAAUCACGGCUUACCUGGAUCUCUCUUUGACAUAUGGUAAUAGUAAGAAACAAGCCGAUUCACUGCGUGAAGGUCGAGGGGGUCGCUUAAAAGUAGUUGAACGAAAUGGCGGAACGUGGCCACCACAGGCUGCUAAUGCUUUGCAGACCUGUUCCGGCGCAACCAGCGCUGAUGAACCGUGCUACGUAGCUGGUGAUGCAAGAGUGAAUCAAAAUCCUCAACUAACUGUUCUACAAGUGAUCCUACUUAAAGAACACAACCGUAUUGCUGAUACAUUGUCUGACAUAAACAAACAUUGGGACGACGAAAAAAUUUAUCAAAUAGCACGGCGAAUUAAUAUAGCAAUUAAUCUCUAUAUUCAUUACAAUGAGUUUCUGCCAAUAUUGCUAGGUGAGGACAAUAUGGUAAAGAAUAAACUUAUAUAUCCAAACGCAAAGGGUUAUGUUAAUGAUUACAAUCCAAAUGUAAAAGCAGGAGUGCUCAAAGAGUUCGCGACAGCUGCCUAUAGAUAUUUCCAUACGUUGAUACGUGGUCAAAUAAGACUGUACAAAGAAAGUCGAUUUCUAUAUCGGUCUAUAAGAUUAAGUGACUGGAUGAACAAGCCAUCAAUACUUGAGGAAAAUGACGGCUACGAUGGCUUAGCGAUAGGUUUAUCUUUUCAACACCAACAUAAAAGUGACCAAUACUUCGACCGUGAAAUCACUCAGUACUUAUUUAAGGGAAACAAAACUUUUGGUGAUGAUUUGCGAGCUAUUGAUAUUCAACGUGCUCGCGAUCAUGGUGUAGCCAACUAUAUUGAUGUUCGGUCUUAUUGUGGUCUUUCCAUCCCAAAGGAGUUCGACGAUCUACGAGACUACAUGUCAAGAAAGAACGUAAAGGCACUGAAAUCAAUAUAUAAAAGAGUGGAAGACAUUGAACUUACUGUAGGAGGAUCAUUGGAGAAACAUGUGUCUGGGACUUUAGUUGGGCCCACUUUUCUUUGCAUCUUACUUAGACAGUUUUACAUCACGCGCGUUGGAGACCGAUACUUUUAUGAAAAUGGAGACGACAAGGAAAUCGCUUUUACUCUUGACCAACUACAAACUAUUCGUAAAGGAUCUUCAAUGGCGCGUUUAUUCUGUGAUAAUGGCAUUCACAUAAAGAAAAUGCAAGCGAAAGCCUUCGAAUUGGUGUCUCCAUGGAACACCAUAGUUCCAUGCGAUCAGCUGCCAUUUGUUAAUUUAACUCUAUGGAAAGACACACAAGAAAACGAAAAAUGUAAAUGUGAAGAUAAAGUUCACUAG